AUGUACGCGCUCCUCGAAGCACAGUACCCACGCCCCUGCCAGGCCACGCCCCCCGUAAACAUCACGACAUCACCGCGACGGGCUCUCGUGCGCGUAAACUUGAUGACUUUGAUUUUCCCUUCCGAAGACAAGAUCAGUGGACUGCCGGAAAAGGGUUGUGCCCUGGAGGCCGGAGGGUGUAAGGCGCCCGCCUGUUCCCUCCCGUCUCUGCACCUCGACUUUGUACGCAACCUCUCACUUUCAUACCACUUCUCCCUCGUACGUGCGUCACAACAUCGUCGUCUCUUCACCUUCACCUUCAUCAUUGUCGUCAUCGGCAUCGGCAUCGUCAUCACCAUCAUCAUCAUCAUCCUCACCUCCCUCUCCAUUCUCUUCUUCUUCUUCCUCUUGACUGCGACCUGCUCCCUGGUCAGGAGUCCCUUCUCCGUCAUGUCUUCCGUCAUGGAUGACCGUUUCGGCUUCCUUAGCGUCUGGGUCGGGCCCCGGACGCGGGUGAAGAAGGAGUACGUCGAAGACGAGGCCAUGUACCUCGAGGGCAUGACCGUCCUGCUCGACUACAUCAACACGGGCAACACCUGCGAUGACAUGGUCCGCGUCAUCCGCGCGGCGCGCGCCUGGUGCCGCGAGUACUUUAUCAACGAGGACUCGGCCCCCAGCGAGCUCCCUGACGACAUUGCCUUCCUUCACCCCAACUUCCUGAACCUGUCUAUUGCUUCGUGGCACCGCCUCAUCGGGCCGGUCGACUUUGAGUCGUACCACGAUCUCUUCCCGGAGGCAGACUUUGUCGACCCCUUUGCCCGGGACGACAUGGAGCCGAGCCAACAGCCCGCUGUGGAGAACUCUACUCAAGAGACGGAGAUUAAGAGGACGUCUGAUGGAUUGAUUGUUCUCGAUGAGCGCUAUGCUUGGGAUGAUGAAGAGGAAGACGAUGAGGGAGAGUCAGAUGAGCUCUUCGAGAUGACAUCUCCCGAAGAGAUGGAGGUCGAGGAGGCCUCUGAUGAAGAGAUGGAGGUCCAUGAAGGCUAUACCUGGGACACUCUACAGCCGGGCCCACCCGCCGUGCAGAACCUUGCCGGAGAGAUGGACCACAACGGCGAUGAGCUGACGUCUGAUGAAGAGACGGAGCUCGACGGCCGCUUGGCUGGGGACGUCGAAGAGGCGUAUCAUCCCAUCGAGGAGACGUCUGCCGCCAAGACGGAACAUCCAGACGACCAUGGCCACCACCCAGACUCUGUCCACGGUCAGGAACCUGCCGGCGUCCAAGCCUCAGACGAACCCGAGGUCUUCCAACUCAUGACCGCGGCGGAACUCUUCGGUUACGAUGAUUCUGACGACGAGGUUUCCCCCCCUUGCCGCUUCGAGUGCUGCGACGGAAUCGCCCCCUUCGGACACGCUCGAGGCUCUGGCACUGUAUCUGAAGCCUCUGGGAGCGCCCAACAAGUUUCCGACGACGCCAACGGCUCCGAGGAUGAUGAAUCCUCCCACCAGGAGCACCAAGCCAUCACUGCUCCCCAGGCCGAAACUCCGGACCACAACAGCGUUGACAACAACAACAACGUCGACAACAACAUCAACAACCAGGAGGCGCCGGCCCCGGCAUCUCCCGCCAGCAUCUCUCACGUCGACAUGCCCCCCGUCAACCCCUCCUUCAGCCUGCUGGACCGCAUCCUAUCCCCGGCGGGCCCUUGGGUCGCCCUGUCCGCCGAAAUCGUCGAGUCCAUGGUCCACCGGCACACGCGCGACACCUUCGCGCGCUACGCCGCCGGCGGCGUCGAGGGCGCCAGCAUCCUCUUCAACCGCUACACCCUCCUCCGCGACGGCCCCCCCCACAUGGCCAGCGACCUGUCCACCGCGCUCGCCCGCAACAUGCCCGCCGCCCUCGCCUGCCUGGCCGACAUGCGGUACGGCGAGGUCUUCGGCGUCGACCCGCUCGGCAUCGAGGGCUUCAUGUAG